GGGUCUGGAGCUUUCCAUCCACAACCACAACCACUACUCCUCCAUCCACCCUUCCAUUGUUCUUGCCUUUUGCUCUCAUCACACCCCCUCGCCGCCGCCUCGGCAACUCAACUCAAAAACAACACUAGACGUGGCGUCGCUCGUCGCCGUCGCGUCCGCACAACCACAACAACCGCUGGUGUAUACAGUACCACCGCGCCGAGCCCGUCUCCUCUCGUCUCGUUCGUCUGGACCCCACCUACCCCACCUUGCGAGCUCUCUCGACGUCUCGCCAUUGUUUACUCACCAACAACUACCCACACCCUCCCCAAUGGCACCGAGCCAGCGCCACCCGACAUUCACGACGCCGGUCAAGCACCGCCGGCGCUCGUCGACGGCCACGAGCGCCGAGAUUGCCAGCAUCGUCGUGCGCGGCCGGCCGUCCGCGCGCAGGCUGAGCAACCUCGCCACGCCGCAGCGCCAGGCGCACCGCUCGUUCAAGGAGCGCGUGCUGGACCGGCCCCAGCUGGCCGUUGGCACGCUCAUCACGCUGCUGUUCCUCCUCGGCACCGUCUUCGCGUCCUACUUUGACACGGCGCUCUCAACAUCACUAGUGCACAAUGUGCACAAUCACGCGCCGGAGCGCAUCGCCUACUUUGCGCGCAAGGGCAACGUCCUGAACCAGCUGUUUGUCAAGAAGGCGUGGGCGUGGACGGCCGGCAUCCUCCUGGUCCACCUGUGGGCAUCGCCCGAGCCGUUGUCGCUGAGCUCGCGGCUCAGCCCUCAGCUCAAGGCGGGCCAGGACCGGACGCGCGGGCAGCGCCUAGCGGCCGUCGUGCUGGGAUCACUUGCGUGGAUCGCAUUCACGUCGUGGUUCUUCGGCGCUGGCCUUGGCGACCGUAUCAUUGCGAGUACGGGCGGAGCCUGUGCCGUCCCCCUGCCGCCUGGACUUGACCCCGGCGCGGUCGAACACCUCCUCCCGGCCGGUUACGACACCCCCAUCAUCCUCCACGGCGCGAUCACCCACGACAAGUGGGGCCAUGCCAAUGUCCGCGGCCACAUCCACGCCUCGAGCCAUGGCGGCGCGGCAGACGCGCGUCCGGCCAGAGUGUACCUCCCCCUUCCGCAAGCGUUCUGCUCCCACCGCUUGACGCUUAACCCAAACACCCACCCUGACCUCUACUCGCUCCUCGCCGAGGUUGGCGAAGGAUACACUGUCCCCCGCCCACGAUGGAGCGGCGGGUUCGACGUCUCGGGCCACGCCUUCCUGCUCACCCUCGGUGCCGUGUUGCUGGCCAGCGAGCUCGCGCCCAGCUGGCGCGAGCUGGUGUCGCCCCGAAUCGGUGCUGAACGGCUGGGAGGCAUCCGAGGGAUCGCCUACCGUGCCUCUACGGCCGCCGGUACAGUCCUCGUCGGCAUCUGGGUAUUUAUGCUACUCAUGACGGCUGUCUACUUCCAUGACCCAGACGAGAAGCUCGCCGGUCUUGCCCUCGGCCUCUUCACAGCGGCAGUCAUCAACCUGCUCGUGCCCCGCACUGUGCUCGGCCCAGUCAUCGAGUUCAAGGUGCGCGGGCCACAACGCCGCCCGUCGCCACGCAUCGUGUCCGACUCGGACGAGAAUGCCGCCCGGCGCGAGGCGUCAGUGUCGACCGUGUCGACGGGCAAGUCGACGAGCAUCUCGAUCGACACGUCGGUCGAGACGAUCCAGAGCCCCGUCUCGGCAGCAUCGGACAGCGGCUCAGUCUUCAUCACGAGCCCCGUGAGCGCGGCCUCGGAGCUCCCCCCUAAUCUACUGCACGCAAAGUCUGAAUAAACGAGGCUAAACUAGGCAUGCAACGUGAUCUUGUCGA